AUGGUUGUUGAAGAACGUGGUGAAAAGCGAGAUGUCCCAGAGUCUGCUGGGAGUGACCAACCGGUCAAGAAAGUUCGAGCUGUGCGAGUUGGUGACGUGGACUACUUCGUUGCGGAUGAGGAGAUGGAGGACUGGUGGCAAGGCUUGGAGUUUGAUGCCCAGUACUACGAUGAUGAUUGGAUGGACUUCACACCAGAGACAGAUCCAGAGGUGUUCUGGGAAGAUCAAGGAGAAGAGGAAGGACCUCCUGUCCUUUCUGCAGACCAGCUGGAGAAAGUGGAAGCAACAUCGAGGCUGGACGAGAAGUCCAGACUCAUUGACAUGGGUGUGUUGGAGAAGGUGGAGAUUGACCGUCCGGCGGACAAGACCUUGCAGUGCCGGUAUGUGUAUGACUGGCGGUUUAGGAAGCAGCACUGGUUGCGUCGCGUGCGACUAGUGUGCAAGCAGCUGAAAGCAUGGAGUCCGUUCAGGCAGGAUACCUAUGCUCCUUCAACAUGUCCCUCGAUGCUUCGUCUACUACCUCACAUGUUCGUGAGCACUCCAGGCUGGGUCUUAAGAUCGUUCGAUGUGUCGGAUGCUUUCUUGAUGGUGAAGCAGCGUGAAGAGUUGUAUAUCAGGUUGGACAAUGAAGUUUACCGUGUCUGGAAGUGCUUGCCGGGCCAACAACUUGCUCCUGUGUAUUGGCAUGAUGAACUGAGUGGAGAUCUUCAGACUUGUGGCCUUACCGGCAACGUUGCAUGCCCAGUUGUGUAUGGUGGCAAAGAUCAAGCCGCUACGGUCCAUGUCGAUGAUGGCCUACUUGGAGGUUUCGAGGAUCAGGUUGACCAGACGGUUGGCGUGCUGAAAGAAAAGUAUAAGCUUGAGUGCAGUCCUCCGCUGAAGGAAGUUGGUGAUCAGUUGAGGUUUCUCAAACGUACUCUGGAGGUAGUGCCAGAAGGACUGCGGAUAGUGAUCGAUCCAAAGUAUGUGGAGAAAAUCCUCCAAGUUCUCGGGAUUUCCAAACCUCGCUCCCGCAAGGUGCCUUCGACUACAGACUUGACGGCCCUCGAUGAGACGGAGAAGCUUGAUGCUAUGUGGACCGGGAGGUACAGAGCAGCUUUAGGAUGCUUGUUGUAUUUGGCUCCUGAUCGACCUGAUGCGCAGUACACGAUUGGUGUGUUGGCUAGGGGAAUGUCAUCGCCUACAGCAAAGCAGUUGUCACAUGUGAUGUACCUAGCAGAGUACUUGUACUACACCCGGGACUAUAGCUUGGUUUUGCGGUGGAGCAGCCCAGAGCGAUCAUAUUUGGACGAAAGCCCACGUGUCAGGCCGAGGCUUGAUGAUGGCGGAGAACCUGUGCCGCCUGGUGGAACCUUGGAAGCCAAACCGAGGUUGCUGGAGGCCGUAAGUGAUGCGGACUGGGCAGGAAGUGCUGAUAGGAGGUCGGUUACGUCGGGGCACAUAUUCUUGGAUGGGAAUCUGAUGUUCUCGUACAGUCGACGGCAAUCUACGAUAGCAUUGUCCUCAUGCGAGUCGGAACUGAUGGCCUCUACCUCUGCAAUCGCGGAAGCACUUUUCCCGAAGAACCUUUUGACAAGUUUGACCAAGGACGCUGUGGACCUUGCUGCUCGGCUGGACAGCUCGAGUGCGCGCAGCCUCCUCACGAAGGCCGGUGUCUCUCGCAUACGACACCUUGAUGUAAGGCUGCUGUGGACACAGAGUUUGGUCCGUGAGAAAGUUUUGUCAGUGCGUCCAUUGGGUACUCUUGUCAACACCAGUGAUCUCGGCACCAAAGUUUUGACCUCAAACAGGGUGAAGUAUCUACUGUACCUGUUGGGCAUGUACAACACCGACGGCUUGAUAACUCCGGGAAAGUUUCCGAAACCAGCAGGGUCAGAUAAAUCGCAGGCAGCUGAAAUCCUUAGGGUUCUCACUGCGGCCAUAGCCUUGAGUCGAGCUACGGCAUCUGAUCCCGAGCCGAAGUGCAACGUUCCUGCUGAGCCCUACGGUGCGGUCGGCGGGAUCCUCACGGUGCUGACUGAACCGCUCUUCUACAUGUUCAUGUUUGCGGUCUCAGUCGUGGCGAUCGUUGUGUUUAUGGCACCAAAGCGACGAUGGAACCGGAUUCGAUGUGUGGACCCUGAUGCUGGUGGUGACGGAGAAGGUGAGAAGGCAGUGCGAGAGCCCUCUCCAGAACCGAACUACUUCGAUGACAGCUGGUUGUUGGCUGCAUCCGAUGACGACGAGGGCGGCGCUACGGAAGCCUAUAUCUACCUGGGCCUUCUGCGGGACCUCAUGAGCAUGUUCGGGAGGGUGAGCAUUCUGCCCGUGAUCUACGUGAUGAUCAAGGAGUUCAACAACAACGAGCUCAAGGACAUGAUCCAUGGGUGGACAUCCACCAGUUCCGGGACCAAUGACGUUUCGGAUUGGAAGCGGUCGUGCAGUGCAUCGGGCCUCUUGUGGAAUGGUGAAGAGGGCCCAAAGGCCGUGAUGGAUGGCAUCUACAUGUUCGAGAUGAGUCGAGUCCUGAGUCGGUUCGACAAUCGGCAUCUGGAGGGCAACUCCCCGGAGCUACUCACACCAGAAGAAGCGUCCGCCUUCACUAUGCACAGCCUUAAGGUCUGUCUGCUCAGCGCCGGUUGGAGGCCCACGCGCCCCAUUGCCAGGGGAGGACAGCACCCGACGGUGGAGCCGCCUUUUGAGGUUAGCUCGUCUUCGCCGCCCAAGUCCUUCCAGCUCUCGGCCCUCGGGACGGGCCUAGACAGAUUUAUUUACUCACGUGAAGCAGAACUGGAGCAGGCCUGCUUUGACACCCAGCCAGCUGCCGCUAACAGCGCCGAUCCUGAGCCUGUGGCAAUAACUGCACAGUCCGAGCAAGAGACAUUCGCAGCCAGCAGCCUUCCACCGACUAUACCUGCAGACGACAUCGAAGCCCUACUAGUGGAGAGUUUUGCGGUCACGCAAGCUGACUCUUCCGAUUCGGAUGACCAGGCUGCCCCGCCGACAGUGGAAGACAUAGCCUUGUUCCAGAAUGGCAUGGCGCUCUCUGAGCAAUCCGAGCUCGCAGCCUUCCUGCAGGCGCAGGGGGACCUGGCAUUUGCUUACCCAGACCUCACUAGCUUUGACACUUUCUUGCAAAGCCUUUCUGAGUCGGACCUCAGUGAUAUGGGGGAAAGCCUUGGCACACAAGGCACAGGAGGGGCCUCAGCCUUCACCUGCGUUGCCAUCCCUCCCAGCAGCCCUCAGCCCUUCUGCCUCCCCAUCCUCCUGGAUGGAGCAUUUGCCGCCUAA